CCAGAAUAUCACAGCCACAACCAUGGAUCAGGCUUGAUUUAUCCUCCAACAAAGCCUCGUCAACCCGCCUCUGCACCCUACAUCGGGGCAACACACGCUCCGAGAACACGACCAUGGAGCCUACAUCUCAGGAAGAUAAACAGGCGGCCCUGCCCACAGGAAUAGCUAGAAAGCCUAUUCCUAUCAAUACUAUCCCGGAUGCAGCACCGCCAAAACUGCAAUCGAAGAGCUCAUUCGCCCCUCUAGCCUAUCUGGCUUUCACAUUAUUAGCGACUACAGUUCUGAGCUGGCGAUGGAUAUUAUCUGGAACCCCAUUUCUGGCCUGUUCGCUGGCAAUAGGCGAGUGGAAUGGAAAGCGCGUCUUUCCACUGAUACCACUAUGGGCAAUUUUCAUGAUUAUAUGCGUGACAUACGUGGUGGCUUCCACCUCCUGGGUUCUGUAUUGGGGCUUUGCCGCAGCCUGCUACACCGCGCUCUCGCUGUCUUGCCUCUUCCAGUUCAGGUUCGCCGCAAAAAUCGUACGACGUUACCUCAAAAACAUUUUGCAUGAAUGCCACAUUGUCCAGGACUCCAUCAGCCUGUUCGAUCUGCCGGCUCUGGAAAUCGACAAGGACACCGUUGGACUGUUCGUCGUUCGGGGCCUCACGUUUUCGCUGUCCACCUUGACGGCCACCGCUUACGGGAUUGAAGUCGGGGUUAAGCUUGACGAUGAUAUGGAGCUGUCGAUACAAACGGACAAGGUCAUCGUUGCGCUGUUCCGUCGAAUUCAGAUUGGGGAUGUCUAUGCAAAUGUCAAAGGCCGCGACGAAAUGACUUUCAAAGAAGUGCGACAGUUUCCGAAUGAGCGCGAUAUGUCCAAGGAUACUCUCAUUGCAAGGGAUACCCCUCUAUUGAAGGCAGCUUACGCUUCAGCGAAAAAUGGCUUCUCGGAAAUUCAGGAAGAGCUUGGCGAUGCGGUUGAGCGCCCUGGACCGGAUGGCCAGCUUGUUCGGAAACUAUCGCCGGACGAAGAGAAGGCUCGCAUCGAAGUGGACAAGUUCACCCGACAUAUAUUGAAUACGAGCACCAGCCACAUUGCUCAAGAGAUGCUGAAAAGGACUGCGAAAGAGCGCGACGUCGAUGGCGUUCUUGACUCCGACAAUAACCUCCGUGCAGCUGUUUGUGCCCAAGUUCACGAACAACCGACCGUGAUGCAUCCUCCUACCAAAUCGAUACGACUCACGACGCUUUCGCAUAACAAGCAUCCGAACUUUAAGAAGUUCCUACAUCGCCUGCCACUCCUGUACCGCCUCCUCCUCAAUCCGAUCAGUUAUUUCCAUCCUAUUCACAUCAGAUCUGUCACAUCAGCUGGCUCUGGAAAGUGGUUUGUCUCGCUCAUGAAGGACCACUUCUUCAAGCACUAUUCCCAAUCAGACGCCGAGGUCCGGCGUUUAGAGAGUCGCAUAUCGGCUUGGCUUGCGGAUGCGAAUUUUGCAGUAGGCCUUACCGACCUGUUCUGUACAGCACACGUACCGGUUGAUACAGACUAUGACAUUGAAUGUAAAUUCAAAAUUGGAGAUCUCAUGGCGCACAGGACACUUCCGGAGGCAGUCAGCCUUACGCAGGUCGUGCAUCUUGGAGGAGCGGAUGCAACCUUUGUUCUUCCCUCGUAUCUCCUUCCUCACCAUGAACACCUGUUCCCGCCUAUCUUAACCGAUUUCGACGAGAUGAGAAUGGAGCAAGAGAUCGAAGAAAUGGCUGGCACACCUCAAGCUGUUCGAAUGAAGAAGGAUCUUGAGAGACGCCGGAAGGAUGAGACUUGUAUGAAAAUCGCGGUUCAUGGACAUCUCCCUGCGCUUUUCGAUCAGGAGCUACUCAACUUUGUUGCUGCUACUGUGAAGGCGACAAAGGUCAUCGAGGUCGAGAAAGGGCACGAAGAACUUGUCCUUAAGCGGGCGGAAACUGACAAGCUUGAAAUGGAGGUCCGUAGAGUGGACUCUAUAGCUUCAGAGAGUGUCACGUCGGAUCAGACGAGCAUGUCUUCGAAUGAAUCCGACGCCGCAACGACCGGAUCGCAAGCCUCGGUUCCAGCUUCCACGCAAUCUACAGCUUCCAACCGUAAUGCCGCAUGGAAAGCGGGGAUGGCGAAGACCUUCAAAGGUAUGAACACUAAGAUUCAGGACGGUUGGAGGAAGGCUGGAAUCCAGACGGUCAAUGUCGUUGCAAACGACAGGUGGAUUGCGAGCAUAGUAGGAAAGAUUAUGCGGAAGAUGGAGAAGGCGCAAGGCGACGUGGGAUACUCAGGGCUGAUCGCUAUGCCGAUGACAGAGUACAGGCAAAAAGCCGAGUCGGAGAGCAAACUGCUGCCUUGA